AUGUCAUCGGUUUCUUCGCGUGGAGACGACGUGGCGCGACAAACACACUCCCACUCACACUGGAAUUUCGAGCUGAUCAUUCGUGAGCAGCCUGUCCAUUCGCGAAUGUGUGGUGUGGGUGAAAGGGUUGAUCGACGACCCAUUGAUCCCCCUCCUAUUGUACAACUCAAGAUUGUAGGCCAAGAUACAACAAACAUGAUGGAUAGCUUACAAGCGGUAUCGCCUUAUAUCUUUCUUGCUGCGGUACUUGUCCCUGCUGACCACACCGAUGCACAUGAAGGACCUUUGCAAAUCGACUUUCAUCGAAGAUUGAUCAUUGGACGCACCGUUUCAUCCUUGUACUUGUUACGUGAUCUCGAUAACACGGAAGGUGCCUUUUUCGUCUUUUCGGACAUGUCGGUGCGCGCUGAUGGUCGCUAUCGGUUACGAAUGUGCUUAUUCGAAAUGCAAGAAUCAGCAGUUCGAUAUAGACAAUCGGUUUUGACAGAUCCAUUCAUUGUAUAUUCUGCAAAAAAGUUUCCAGGGAUGCAUCUAUCAUGUCCUCUCGCAUGUCAUUUUGCCGAACAAGGUCUCAAGAUCCGUAUACGAAAGGAGUCAAGGAAACGAUCAAUGCUCACCCUCCCCAGAUCAGGCAACCAAUCAACCGAUGAUGGAGGUGGGGGAAAUGCUUCAAGAUCAAGCACUAGCUCCCAAAAGAGAUCGCCUCAUACUACAUCAGGAGUACUGGAAGAAACGCCAGAGGAUGCAUCAUCGUCAUCGGCAGCAGCAUCUACUCCACCACCUUAUCAUUACGUCAAUCGAAGGAAUACUGAAGAUCAAGGGACCCAAUCAAUAGGGAAUUUGCCACAAGCCUUUGAUUCGCCUUCUGGGGGUGGUGCAACGAGUCAGCCGAGUACAAUGGCAUCUUCGUCUCAGCAUCAUGGAUCAGCAUUCAUGGAUACGACGGCUAAUCAGCAGUCGACAACACACGUUAUGGAUACAACGGCACAACCUUAUUGGACAUUACCACCAUUGUCAUCAUUCGAAAACAACCAGCAUGCUUCAGGAUCAUCACCAUUAUCUCAACAUCUUUCAGAGCAGCGACAUCAUACACCAUCGUAUUAUAACUCAACGCAACAAGAGCAACACCAACAACGUUUCAAUCCAUCAAUCCACCACCACCACCACCAGCAUCAACAUCUUUUAUCAUCGCCAUCGUCACCUUCAUCUACACAAGGUGGUGCUUUGUUAAUCAAUCCUUCAUUACAUCCGCCAAUUAAUUAUCGUGCACCGUCAUCACCAUCAUCAGCAGCAACAGGACCUUCUACAGCACCACCACCACCACCACAACAACAACAUACAGCUGCUGGUCCUCGCAUCGAAUGGAGAUCCGAACGUCCAGAGCUCAUUUUACAUACAUCAAUACCACCUCGAAGAUCAAGUCAUCCAGCAGAUCAACAUCAACAACCUACCGUGCUUCCAUCAUUACGUGAACAAUUAGAACGUAUUGGCAUGAUGCCGCCGCCGCCCUCCUCCUCCUCUUCCUCUUCCUCGUCCCCUUCUCGACAUCAUCAUGGUGGUGGUGACAAUGAAAGGUGGAAAUCAUGA